AUGUUUCCGGCAGCACAUCUCCUGCUGAGGCAGGCUACAGAAGACAACGUGUUGCUUGUUCCCAAGCCCGUCGGCGAAGAAGGCACAAUCACUGUUCCCAUUGCCAAAGGCACGACAUUCAUCGUGGACAUGGUGGGCGCUCAGUACAAUCCUCGCUACUUUGACGAGCCGGAAAAAUUCAAGCCCUCGAGAUGGCACGGUCUUCCGCACCUCAGUUACCACCGCCAUCACGCGGUUCUCCCCCCGCGGGGUACCUACUGGGUACCCUCAGACGUCUUGCUGAGGGUACCCAGUAGGUACCCCCUGGCAGGGGGUGGGGGGGCCAUUUAG